AUGUGUUCCAUGAAAAAUGUCCUGGUGUUUCCUGACGUGUGUUUCCAGCAUGGUCCACUAGGACCUGUCUGGCAUAGUCCACUAGGGUCGGCAUGGAGCAGUAGGCCUACCAGACAUGGAACUGUAGGCCUACUACCGAUCUCCAUUCUUAAGUAUACCACUAACACGACAACCCCUUGGUCGUCCCUCCUCCAGGUAGUCGUCCUCCUAGGUCUGGUCGCCCUGGUCGUCGCUCGCCCCGACACACUCCUCGACCUGGACGACAUCCAGCACGACCAGUCCAUCGAUGACGACACAGUCUUCACUGGGUCGUACAGCUGGACCUCUCCAGAAGGCGUCAAGUACUUCGUGAAGUACAUCGCUGACGAUGACGGCUACAGAGUCUUGGAGUCCAACGCUGUGCCAGCCACUGCUGAUGGUGUGUCAGCCAACGGCGCCCAGGGAUCCUUCCGUUCCUCUGAGGAGUUUGAUGACAGGAGAUAAACAGCGUUGACGACAGCACUGACAGGAUGUAGACCCGUGUUGACAGCAGCACUGACAGGAUGUAGACCCGUGUUGACAGCAGCACUGACAGGAUGUAGACCCGUGUUGACAGCAGCACUGACAGGAUGUAGACCCGUGUUGACAGCAGCAACGACAGGAUGUAGACCUGUGUUGGCAGCAGCAAUGACAGCAAGUACACAUCAGCAGCAGACAGCAGCAGACAGCAGCAACGAAAGCAAAAAUCCAGUUACUCCAGUCUGCCUCCCUGACAACCAACUUGCAGACAGUUCUGGAUUAUCAGAUUGGAAAUUGAAGAAGAUUGCUGAUUGAACACCCUCGCUGGAAGACACCAUCGUAGCCCAUCCCACCAGCCCACCAUCCCACCAGCCCACCAGCCCACCACAACAACGCCCUCCCUGCCCACCAUCACCCACCACAAGGCCCCCAAGAUCACGAUUCCUCUC